AUGGCGUUCAGCAAGACCGAUCAGGCUGAGUUAAACAAGGCUAUCCUUGAAUAUUUAUAUAUGAGGGGCUAUAAAGAUACCCAUGAUGUAUUUAUACAAGAAGCUGAGGUUGACUCGGAAGAUGAUCCCGUUGGCAGGAAAAACAUCUUGGAGAAGAAGUGGAAAUCAGUAGCUAAACUUAAGAAACAGAUAAUGCAGCUCUAGAAGACCAAAUUAAAAGGUACAAGGAGGAAGUUGAUCCCAAUCCAUUUGAUGAUGGUCAAAAGAAGGGUCUCCCAAAGGCCCCAGAAAGGUUCCACAUGAAGGGGCAUAAGGAUCAGAUUUCACAAAUAGUUUUUCAUCCUUUGUACGAUAUUCUUGCGACUGCUUCUAAGGACUCCUCAAUAAAAUUAUGGGAGAGUGAAUCUGGAGAGAUCGAAAAGACUUUGAAAGGGCAUACCAAGAAGAUAAAUAGUAUUGAUUUCAACAGAAUGGGAACUAUGCUUGCCUCAUGCAGUCAAGAUUCCACAAUCAAGAUCUGGAAUAUGGAAAGUCAACAGUGAAUUAAAACCAUGUCUGGGCAUGAGCAUAAUAUCAGCAAGGUUAAGUUCACUCCUUCAGGUGACCAUAUCAUAACCUCCUCUUGGGAUCAAACUCUGAAGGUAUGGGAGGUUAGAACUGGCUUUUGCCUCAAGACUUUCCAAGGACAUGAGGGGUGGAUCUACGACUUCGAUAUAAAUGAGGAAGGAAGCCGAAUGAUUUCAUGUUCCGAUAAGCAAGAAAUCAUCUACUGGGACCUCGAUAUCAAGGGCGACCGGUCUAUUAUUUCUAUCCUGGAUGAAGAGCACUCAAAUAAGAUCGAAACUGUAGCGUUCCUUCCAAUGUUGACGGCUAAAACAUUUACAAAGGCGAGAAGAGACCAAGACAAUGAAGAAGAGCAGACAGGGGGAAAUGUAGAGGAAGAAGAGAACAAAGAUGAAGAAGAGAAGACAGUUGAGAACCAGACCAGCUCUGAAACCAAGAUACGAUCUUCUAAGGCUGAAGAGCUCCGUAAGAUGAGGGAGAAAAUGAAGAUGAUGAAAGAUAGAGCAGCUGGAAGGACUGAUAGAGAAGAGAAUGAAGAAGAAAAGAAAGAAGAGGAAACUAGCGGGUCAAGAGAUAAGCAUAUCAAGAUUUGGAACGCGAAGCGAGGAAAUUGAAUUAUGAACCUUAUAGGGCAUGAUGGAUGGGUUAGAAGUAUUGUUUUCCAUCCCAACGGUAAAUACUUGCUCAGCUCAUCUGAUGAUAAGGCUGUAUUUGUAUGGGACCUAAGUAGGAAUGGAGUCUGAGUGAAGAAACUCAGGUCUAUUCACACCGGAGAUAUUACAUCUAUAGCUCUAUCUAAAAAACAAUUAGCAACAGGCAGCAAUGAUAAAACAGUAAAAAUAUUUAAUUUACAAUAA